AUGAUCAAUCCAAUCAGCAACAAAGCCAAAUCAGUGAGCGUUCCUCAGGAGACGGAUGAUGACUCUGCUUUCUGGUGGAAGAAAACCAGCCCUAUCCUUGAGAACCUCAUGCAAUGGGCAGGUUACGAUCGCAGCCUACAGUCCAAGUAUAUGCAAUUUUAUGGACAGUGCAUCACACCUCUUCUUGGAAGAAGGCUGGGUGACCCAAGGGUCUCAAGGGAAUGGAGCAGCUUCAUGACAGAUGACACGACCCCGCUUGAAUUUAGCUGUAGCUGGAUUUCAACGCAAAAAAAGCCAAUUGUACGGUUCUCGAUGGAGCCAAUUGGCAAGCUCGCAGGCACUUCAGAUGAUCCUUUCAAUCUUCAAAUCCUGAGCCAGUCUAUAGAAGUGUUAAGGCCAUGGCUCAGUCAGCUUGAUCUACAAUGGUUUGAUAGGCUAUUAAACGAACUGGUUGUGCGACCUGAGCACAUCAAGGAGCGUGCAAAUGCGUUGGUGGAUCAUUCAUCACAAAUAUUUUUCGCCUUUGACCUUCGUGAACAAGGACUAGCGUUGAAAGCCUACUUUCUUCCCGGUUUGAAGUCCGCGGAAACGAACUUAUCGAGAUGGGCAUUGAUUCGAAGAGCGGUGACAAAUCUGGCUGGCUCUCCCUCCAUGAAUGAUUCCAUUACAACUUUUGCGAGGUACAUGGAAACGAGAAGCAAAAGACUGCAGCUUGAAGCAGAAAUCAUCGGUAUAGACUGCGUCUCACCCAGUGUAUCGAGGAUCAAGAUAUAUAUUCGCUCUCAAAUGACAGCUUUCAAGGAUGUCGAAGACAUCUUAACACUGGGUGGAAGCCUUUCCUACUUCAAAACUGAACGCUCUCGUGUGCUCCUUGAACAGCUAUGGCAGGACCUUUUCAACCCGAAAUCGAAACUCCCCCAAAGUUCUCUAGAGAAAACAGAACAUCGAACUGGAGGCAUAUUGUAUUACUUUGAGUUUCAUAACGGAUCCGAUCAACCAGUUCCAAAGGUCUACCUACCAGUUCGGCAUUAUGCACAGAACGAUCUUCAGAUUGCGAAGGGGCUUGAAGAAUAUCUGAAAUCGACCAUGAGCAACUUCCGCUCAGGCAGUUAUGUUUCUCUUAUUAAAAAAAUCUUGUCAGUUACUACCUUUCCUCCGCAGUACCUUGAUGUAUUCCUAACCCAUUCCAUAUACACUCAGUAA